GCAGAUAGCAGCUCGCGCUCAGGCUAACUCGCUCUCGGUUUGGAUUUUGGGAUGGAAACUCGUGCGGCUGCGCGGAGCGCUCGCGUCUCCAACACUCUUACCUUCAAGAGUGGUUUGUCUCUUUGGUUGGUGAUAUGGUUGUUGGCAUGUCGCUGUGCACCGGGUCAGGCAUGUCCCAGGUUGUGUGUAUGCUACCAUAUGCCCAUGACUGUGAGCUGUCAGUCUCAGAACUUCACUGCUGUCCCAGCCGGCGUGCCCUACGACUCCCAGCGCGUUUUCUUGCAGAACAACCGUAUCACUGAGCUCAGAGCCGACUCCUUUGGCUUCGAAACACAGGUCCUAUGGCUGUAUUCCAACAACAUCACAUGGAUUGAAGCAGGUGCAUUCAGUAAUCUGCGUGUACUAGAGGAACUAGAUUUGAGUGACAACCCAUCACUGCGCAGGCUGGACGGGGGUGCGUUUAGGGGGCUGGAGCGCUUGCAGAGUCUACACAUGCACCGCUGCCACUUAAACGAGCUGCCCGCUGACCUCUUCCACAAGCUCUACAGCUUGCAGUUUCUCUACCUGCAGGAGAACCAGCUGAGCCACCUUCCAGAUGGCCUCUUUUCCGACCUGGUCAACCUCACCCACCUGUUCCUGCAUGGCAAUCGUAUCCGUGUCCUGUCUGAAAAUGCCUUCCGCGGCCUGGUGAAUCUUGACCGGCUGUUGCUGCAUGAAAACCGCAUCCGACAAGUCCAUCGGCGAGCCUUCCGUGACCUGGGCAGAUUGACCAUCCUCUAUCUUUUCAACAACUCUCUGCAGGAGCUUCCAGGCCAGGCAUUGAAGGAUACGUCAUCUGUGCAGUUUCUCAGGCUCAAUGGCAACCCCUGGACCUGCGGCUGUGAAGCCAGGUCGCUAUGGGAGUGGUUCCGAAAAGCUCGUAUCUCCAGCUCAGACCUAACCUGCUCUUCACCAGCCCCUCGUAAAGGCCAGGACCUGAGGUUCCUGCGAGAGCUGGACUUUGCCCUAUGCCCGUUGCCUGAUCCAGGAUCCCUGGCUGGCACUACAACCACCACCUUCAGCACCAAGACCCGUUGGUGGUUCUCCAAGAACAAACCGGCCUCAUCAUCCAAGAGCCACUUUCACAAGAGCAGCGAAACCCUGAAGGCCUCUCCAUUCACCUCUGUCAAACAUCCCUCAUCUUCAUCAUCCAAGUACGAUCUCACUGCGGAGGAGGCUGCUUUACCCAAGCUAGAGCCUGAAGAGUACUGGGCAAACUAUGGCAAUGAGGAUGCAGCCUCAGUCCGCUGUUUCGAGCUUGAAUGUCCACCAGGUUACGACUCUCCCAUUCUCCCAUCUUCCUCUUCGUCUUCACUUCUGUCCUUCCUCUCGCUCACAGCACUUACUCUCUCUUUUCACCUUCUCUUCGGCUGAGUUUUCCUUCUCCUCUUUUUCUUCUGUUAUGCUUCACUACCUUUCUCCUGCAAUCGGGCUUAUGCUAAGAAUUGCAUAGAAGCAGCCAUGCAGGAAAGGGUGACAAGACUGGCACACAACAACAAAUUAAACACAACACACACUGUGCAAUUCAUACAGUACAACAGAGAUAGGGCUACUGCAUGCAUGCACUCCCAGCAGGCUUUGCAACACCACCUCAAGUCACGUCCUUCUCUAAAAUCAGAGAACACAGGACAAAGUAGAGGGCAAAGAGAAAAAAGGGAGUGAUGUGGAAAAUGAAACUAGAGGUCAAUGUCAAAGAUGGCGGGGAAUGUCUCUGCAUGUAGAGGAAACUCUCAUGCUGACAAAGGAGACUACGUCAGUUAUCAAUGAUCAUCAUGUAAAUAGGAACAUACACAAACUAGACAAACUUUUCCAACAAGACACUGUCAGUAGAUUAGAGAGUGGAAGGCUUUGUCUUUUUGGUGAUUGUUGGGUACUAAACCAGAUACACUAUCACAUACAGUUGCUCCAAAAUGCAUUUAGGCAAUUGUGCUACAAUGUCCAAAUUUCAAGAAGAGCAUUUCACAAAAAAGUUUUAAAAUUAUAAAACAAUAGAGAUAUUGUAUUAGGACACAUUCUGAUUGUCAAAGUGAAAUGUGCAUAGUUGAAGUGAUUCACUAAAAACAGAUUGCUUUGAUAUUUUAUUUCCUAAUGCAAUACAAUUUUUAGGAGUGGUUUAAAUGUACAAAUAUUUUUGGGGCCACUGUAAACGAUACGAUGAACAGAUAGCUAAUGGAAGAACUGACUAACAAAGACCGUCGCUAAUGUUUUUCAUUUGUUAAAACCGUGUUAAGUACUUUGGUUUGUGCUAGUUAAUCUGAGUUGGUACUUUUGAGUAUCAGGUGAAGUUAGGGCAGGAAGUCAAUGUUUAAUUCAACCUGAAGAACUGCUUAAGGUGAGAGAUCUGUGUUUUCUCUGUGUGCAAGAUAUCACAUAGUCUUUCUCUCUUAGCACGUUGACAGAAAGAAAUGUUAAACACAAAUGUUGUCUUUGUCUAAAAAAAACUAAAUAAAA